UGAAUGUGAAUGUACACGCACACACACACCAACAAGAACCAAAAAGAAUCGUCGUUAUCUUAUCUUAUCCUUUUCUGUUAAUUAAUCUUGUUCACUUUUCCCCCAUAAAUAAAGAAAUUAAGCAGCAGGUGCAUGCAUUGUUGAAAAGAAUAGCUAGCACAACUUUGACAAUGGGGGAUUUGGAGAAACAAUUAGAGAAAGGAUUGGAUUUGGAGGUGGAAGAGAAGGAGAGGUUGCUGGACUUUGACAUGCUUUGUUCCACUGUGGCUUUGAGAGCUGCACAAGGGAAAUGGGGGAAGCUGCAGGGGGAGGAACAUGAAGAACACAAUGAAGGUGGGGUAUUUGGUGGUGUGUUGAGAAUGUGGGAGGGUGAUCUCUUUGAUUGCUUUGAUCAUCGUCGCAUAGCUCUUGAAUCCAUAUUCUGUCCUUGCUACCGAUUUGGGAAGAACAUGAAGAGAGCUGGUUUUGGUUCUUGCUACAUUCAGGCAGCAGUUUAUUUUCUCCUUGCAAUUGGUUCCUUGAUUAGCUUCAUUGCAUUUGGUGUCACGAGACGCAACUGCUUUCUCUACCUGGCACUGACCUUCAUUGUUUCUAUUGGAGCAUAUUUAGGAUUCUACAGGACUCGUAUAAGAAAGAAAUUCAACAUCAAGGGUAGUGAUAGUUCCUUGGAUGAUUGUGUCUACCAUUUUGCCUGUCCUUGUUGCACAUUAUGUCAGGAAUCCAGAACAUUGGAAAUGAACAAUGUUCAAGAUGGCACUUGGCAUGGUCGUGGUGACACAAUAUGCAUAGGUGGUUUUGGUGAAAAAAUGAGAGCAUCUUUGUAUCCUCCUCCUAUUCUCUCCAUCAAGUCUAUCAAUGAAAAUUGCAAGGAGCCAAAAACAAAUCUCAGCAAUCCAUCUUGAAAAUUGCUUCUUGCAUUCAUCAGCUCAAUUUGAUUCGGAGUUUCCAUCGAAUUUCAUGGACAAUCCUCAAUGCAAUUUACCGUUUAUCUUUCUGAGAUCGCUUCGCUUUUGGAUGGAGAUUGGAGAGUUUGGAAGGAGAUGUUAAUUUUAUCAUGUGGCCAACUCAUGUACAUAGUGCACAAUUGUCUCUGGUCUUUCAAGUCAUGUUUUUCAUCUUUUCAAUAGAUUGUUUAUAUGGUAAACUUAUAGAUGCACUUGGAGGUUUGAGUUCCCAGUGAUUGUGAAUUUGGGGACUGGCAAUACUCCUUUGUAAAGUUUGUAGGAUUCAGGUUUGUACUACCAAUCCAAAUGUAUAAGCAAAAGGUUUGAAAUGAUUUUUCAGAAUGGUUGAUUGUA